AGAGUAAAAAGAAGGAAGCCUGUACAGAAUACAAAUAUUCAAAAACAUGCAUCCUGUUUACAAUAAGGUACUAAAUAAAGUAAAACUGUAAAAAUGGGGUGCUACGCCAGUGGUCACCUUGCUGCACACCCCUAUCUCACUCUCACUUUGGUGUCCCUCAAGGUGAGUGGAGAGCUCUACCUUUUCAACCCCUUUCUGUAUGAAGGACACAAGCAGAACACUAGGCAGUGUGACCCACUUGUAGACCCUUAGAAAGUGUGUGUGCUGUAGCCUACUUCUCUAGUAACUACCCUACUUUAGUCUACUCUGUCACACAGCUUAAAAGUGAUUGAAACACAUUUUUUUUCAUUGAUUGUGGCCAGAUGGAGGAUUUGCAGGUCAGUGCUGAGGCUGGGUGGUAUGUCUGUUUGGAGUAUAGUAUAACUCCUCUGGAAACGGGCAGGCUGGAAACCGGGACUGUCUGUCUGGGUGUCAGAGGGUGUUUGGACUCUUAUCUAGAAUUUCACUGUCUGUCGAGGUUUCAUUAGUCGACUGUAAUACACUCAGCGACUGAUUUGAAGUGGGACCCUGCUAUGAACUGUACAGGGUUCUGUUGCUUGGUUGUGGCAUGUUCCCCUCCUCCCCCUUAGCACUAGACACAUAUUUAUCUUUUGAGGUGAACAGACCGUAUAUCUUUUACACAUGCAUGCAUGGGCACACACAGAUACUGCCAGUUAUCUGAUUAGUUAGGAAAGUAUGUCUGCAGCAACAUCAAGGGAGCCAUAAAAAUGAUCCUAUAUCAGCAUGCUGGCCCAGUUUCUUUCUUUCCCUCUUUAGACAGACUGGAGGAUGGCAGAAUUCCCAUACGACUGGCCACUCUCUCUUCUUAUUUUUACUGCCUGACAAAGGCAGAGAGGCACACUAUGCUGUGUGGAGCCUAUUUGGUCAAAGCCGCACAGGAAGAGAGAGAGAGAGAGAGAGAGAGAGAGAAAAUUCACAUUGGUGGCAUUUGGCCUGAGCAAUGAGCCGCGUUUGGACUCGGAGAGAAGUUUCCCUCAGGAGAAGAGAGUACAGAGACCGACACAGAGCUACGGGAGGAUUGGAACAAAUUGAGUGGAUAUAACUCUUCUGGGAGCUGAACGACUUUGAAGUGGACGAGAGGAGGCCCAGUACAGAGGCAGCUAUGCGGGGGUCAGCUUGGGAUCGUGUGGGUGUCCCACUGAGCAGCAGCCAUCAUGGCCCUGGUUCAGGCUCUGUCCAUCCCUACUGAGCGCCUCCCCUCUGCCCCCCACACACCCCCCAACCUCCCCUCCAACUCCCAGGAGGCUAUGGGCUCCGUCAGCAGCCUUAUCGCCCAGCGCCCCGGCCCGGCCCACCUGGUGCAUCACUACCGGCCCGUUGAUGUUGUCCCCGAGCCGGGCACCACCAGGCUCCACAGAACCACGUUGGGCGCCACUUCCUGCCUGGCCUCCUUAGACACAUCUCAGGAUCCACUGCUCAGUAGCCUCACUCCGCCUGGCAACAGGAAGCCUUUGAUGGUGAUUGGCUCCAGUAAGGACAGCGGGACCAAUGGGAAUUACUCGUAUCUGAACCAGGACUAUGUUGGAGACUGGAAUGACAACACUGUGGUUCAUGGAAGCCCUGGGACCGGGAUUGACACAGGGGAGGCCAAGGAUCGGCAGCUUGGGAGCCUCAACGGGAACGUGGAAGAACCCCCUCCCAAACUGGUCCCCGUGUCAGGGAAGCUGGAGAAGAACAUGGAGAAAACAGUGAUUCGGCCCACUGCCUUCAAACCCGUUGUCCCCAAGAGUCACAACUCCAUGCAGUUCCUUUCCCCUCGCCACGACAGGGCUAGUCUAUCAGACUGCCAGAACAACCUCAACCUGUUGUCACCUGGUAGCCAGAUGGACACCUUGCUGCCCUGCUCGGAGAAUCGCAACUCCUACAGUGGCGGGCGCCGCACGGGCGGGGGCAGCCAGACCUGCUCCAUGUCUGACUCGGAACGGAACUCCCUGACGAGCCUGCCCCCCUAUGGCAGCAUCCCCUACAGCCUGGCGCCCGCAGACUACCCGCCUGGCAGUGCCCACCUGGAGCCCACGAAGACCGCACACGGGCACUCCAACUCGGACAGUGGGCGCUCCUCGUCCAGUAAGAGCACAGGGUCGGUGAGCGGACGUGGCCAGCCCCUGUCGGACAGCGGGUCGAGCGAACGCUCGCCAGCCCCUGUGGAGGGGGGGUACGAGGGGGUGGUGAGGGACCUGGAGGAUAAGCUGAGGGAGAGAGAUGUGGAGCUGCAGCAGCUCCGAGACAACCUGGACGAGAACGAAGUGGCUAUAUGCCAGGUUUAUGAGGAGAAGCAGAAGUGCUGUGAGCUGGAGCUGGAGGAGUUGCUUCAGAGCUGCGCCACGCGGAUGCAGACCCAGUCCCAGAAGGCCCAGCGUGACCAGCAGGUGCUCCAGCUGCAGGUCUUCCAGCUGCAACAGGAGAAGAAGAAGCUCCAGGAGGACUUUGGCCAGCUGCUGCAGGAGAGGGAGAAGCUGGAGGAGCGCUGUACCUCUUACGAGCACGAGAAGAUUCAGUUAGGGCCCAGGCUGGAGGAGACCAAGUGGGAGGUGUGUCAGAAGUCUGGGGAGAUCUCCCUGCUGAAGCAGCAGAUGAAAGAUGUCCAGGGGGAGCUGGCUCAGCGCAUGGAGGAGAUCGUCUCUCUGCGUGGACAGCUUCGGGACUCCCGUGGCGAGCUCACCACCAGCCAGGGCCUGCUGCAAGAGGCCACCACUGCCGGCCACAUGCGCAUCAUGGAACUGGAGGUGUGCCAGAACGAGCUGCAGCGCCGCAAGAGUGAGGCCCAGCUCCUCCGCCAGAAGGUGGGCCGACUGGAGGAGGAGGCGGCCCGCCUCCGUGAUGCCGCCACCAAUCAGACAAGCCUCCAGAGCCCCGCCCACAAUGGUGAUGGAGGCAGGCAGUGCCAGGCCUUCCCAGAGGGGGAGGAGCCACGCUUGUUGACCUAUGCGAGCAACGAGGCCAGGGCCUAUGAGAGCGAGGCCCUCCAGAGCCUCCGGCUGCAGAUGGGCGGUCUGAGGGCGGAGUUAGUCACAGAACGCCAGCGGGGAGAGGAGCAGGCGUGUAGCUUUGAGGAGGAGCACAGGGUCUGGCAGGAGGAAAAGGACAAGGUGAUCCAGUAUCAGAAGCAGCUGCAGCAGAACUACGUGGGGAUGUACCGGAGGAACCGGGCGCUGGAGCACAUGCUGCGCAAGCUCAGUCUAGAACUGGAGACCCGGGACGAGCUGGAGGAGCAGGAUGAAGGCAGCGGCAACGAGAUCAACUUUGACGAUAUCACCGCUACUGAGAUCUGACACCACCACUUUUUCUCUGUCCCCUCCUCCGUCUCUCUAUCAGCCAUAUACAUCUGAUCUCCUAGUAGUGUCUAUAGGAAUCCAGAUAGCCUCUAUAAUGACUUAGUAGGUCAGGAUCCUUCCUUAUGGUUCCUUCAGGGUCUCUGCAGUAUGUAGUAGUCUGUCUAUAGUUGGUCUACUCUCCGUAUGUUCCUGCUUUUCCACGCCGUCUCACUGUCUCAUUAGUAUGGUUGACUCCCACUGGCUAAUGUCGAUAUACACACACAUACACGAAAGAAUGCAAACACACACACACACACACACACACAUACACGAAAGAAUACAACACACACACACACACACACACACACACACACACACACACACACACACACACACACACACACACACACACACACACACACACACACACACGGUGAUCUGAUGUGGCUGAAUGAGAGUUCACUAACCAGGAGAGUGAUUUUGAAGUCGGUUGAGUCUCGUACAGCGUGGAGGGAAUACAUCCAUUUUUUUAAAAGCUAUUCCUAGAAUUACUCACUGAACAUCAUGUAAACACACAAGGAGGCCCGGCUCUCUUCCUAGGAAUUUGUACUUCCUCGUUAUUCACUGUGGGUGGCCUUGUGUUCUUGGUAGGCAGAGCUUGAUAACACUAGUGUUCUUCAGCAUGUUCUCAGAUACUACAGGUUCAACGAGGAUACUACAGGGUCAAUGGCAAAAUAAAAGGGAAACGCUUCAAUGUUACCAUUACAAAAAGUCUCUUCAUUCCAUGUGACACAUUUAAGUAUCUAAAUAUGGACCUUAGUGGUCUUGUAUUUCUGUAUCUAUACAGUAUCUCUAGCUAGAAAACCAGACACCGUGGAAAUUCAAGGUAAAAGUCACUAAAGCACACUCGGAUAUGCUUUCUAUUAUUGUGAAGAGAAUCUACUUUGAUCUCCCUUCACCGAAGUACAAAAGCAUGGAUGGAUGAAUCUCUAUUGAUCUUUGUGUUUCUCUGUCAGUAUUUGUAUGCUGCACUGGCUGUUUGUGAAGGUGCUUUUUGUACAGGCUGUGAGAGAAGACAUGCACUAAGUGAGCGAUGUUUCGGGCUCUAUUCAAUCCAUAUUGCGGAAGUUCCGCGUUAGAGAAAUUUAAAGGCAAUGUUCCCGCGUUAGCAGAGACGGCAUUCACAGUAACCGCUGUAUAUGUCGGAUCAAUCGAAAAUGACCUUUACAUUUCGAUCGCUCAUCUCGACCGUUUCAGUGACACAGAUUUAAUAGAGCCCAUCGUCUUCUAUCAAGUUAAAUUAGACUGACCAUGAUAGGACUUAUCUUUUCAUCAACUUCUGUAUAAAAAAAACACACCCAUUCACAAGAGGAUGACACUUAAAUGUCCCUUAUCGCUGUUAACCCAUCAUUGUAGAUAUCCUUAAUACUGACAUCGUAUAUGGUGAAAUAUAAUAGAUUUCUUAGAGAUAUGAUCUAUUUCAAAAUAAACAUAGCCACUGUGAAUAGACCAAAGCAAUGUCACAUGUCCUGUUGGUUCCUUACAGUACCAUGUCUGCAUAUUGGUGUAUGUGUGAAUGCUACUUAUGGUUCUACAGUACAAUUUUUGUUACAUUAAAUGUAUAUUUUCAUGCUGUAAAUAUCUUGUACCAACUGACUAUGUUUUUAAUAAAACGAACGAUAAAACGAA